GAUGUAACAAAUCGCCCUAUUUUGCUUCCGACAUGAAGCCACUGGUAUUUAAAAUAACAAGCAUAAUCCUCAUACUUGUAUGUGUAGAGGCACUCUUGAUUGAGGUGGAUGGGGUCGAAUUUAGCUUCAAAAGAUACCCCUACAAAAAGAAACAAAAAAAUGAGAAAAAGUACAAGAAUAUCAUACAAAGAUGUGAAGAAGAUCCCGAGUGUGCCCUCCUGACAGGGCUCGAGCAGACAAAGUGUCUCCGUCAAUGUGCCUCUCCAACUUGCUAUGAUGAGCUCUAUGUAUGGGAUGAGCUUGAGGAUGGAGAGAUUGAUGUCAGGUUGCCAUCUUUCAAGGGCUGCGUUCUCCAGAACCAACCAAUCAGUGUGUGAAGUCCUGCCAAUUCACUCAUUUCUCUCCAUGGCUCAUAUUCAUCCCCAAGAGUGUUUGAUGUUCAGCCUGUUCAGAUUACUUACUUAUUGCAACAAGACUUUGUAUUUGAUGACAUCAUGAGUAGAUGCAGUGUUUCACAUGGACCUGUUGUGACGCCCUUAUAUUCUCUGAAGUUCACAAUUUGUAAGAUCAAGAAGAUCUCAAAAUGGGCUUGUCUUUGCACAAUCAUCUUACCCCAUCGUAUGACAUGGUCUCCACUGGGUAACAGUAGUUACAACUCUGCAACGAGUGAAGAUAUCCAUAAACUGGUCCAAAAUCCUUGAUUUUAUGGACAUUGUUUAGUAUGUACAUAUAGCACUGCCAAAAUUAAAAACUUGUAAUACUGUAAAAUAUUUUGUAAAUAAAUUGCUAUUUAUAGUA